AAGGAUCUAAACAUUUCCAGGUGGGACAGAAGAAGAAGGAUCUAAACAUUUCCAGGUAGAACAGAAGAAGAAGGAUCUAAACAUUUCCAGGAGAUGUCAACUCAGCCGACCUCCAACUUUAACGUCAGCGCAACUAAUGGAGCGACCCUGCAGAUGUCCUCCUCAGCCUUCAACCUAACUUCGGCCACACUCUUAUUUUUGACCUUUGGUUUCGGACUUGUGGUGAACACUUUGUACCUCUGGGUGCUUUGGUCCAGGAUGAGCAGAACUGUUAACACCACCUUGUUUUUCCACCUAAUUUUGACCAACCUGAUGGUCACCAUUGUGUUCCCUUUUGCCGCAGUUUAUUUCAUCAUGGAACCACACUGGGUGUUUGGCCCCUUCCUAUGUAAGCUCAUUAACUCUUUCAUGUCUCUAGGCAUGUACGUGGCCGUGUUUCUCCUGACCAUCAUCAGUGUGGAUCGAUACUGCUUGGUCUUCUACCCACAUGUACACAAAAGGUUCAUGAGCCCUCGUUCCGCUUCCGUUACAUGCCUUCUAUUUUGGGUUUUGGCUGUUGGCCUUACAAGUCCAUACUUGGUAUUUCGUCAAAUCAGAUAUGAGGACAAUGUUACCAUCUGCCACAAUGACUACACUCUCUCAAGGAAGUGGAGCGAGAAGAGGGUGAAGUGGGUCCUAUUCAGCGUUCGCUUAGCCAUGGGCUUCGUGAUUCCUUUUUCCAUUAUUACAUUUUGUUAUGUCAAGAUAUUCAUCAAGAUGAAGAAGGAACGUCUCGCACGGUCCAGUAGACCUUACAGAAUCAUCUUAAUCGCUAUUCUAUCUUUCUUAGUCUCCUGGACACCUUAUCAUAUAUGGUAUGGAAUGAGUGCUGAGAAGGACAAGUUUCCGAAAAGUGUCUUGAGUUCAUUGCAAGUAUUAUCAAUAUGUCUGAUGUGCAUCAACAGCAGCUUUACUCCGCUUCUUUAUUUGUUCAUUGUGGAGAGUUUCAAGAACAUGUUUAAGAAGUCUAUCCUGGCCAUCAUUGAGUUAGUGGUCAAUGAGACGUUUACCUCUACCAAUGUGUAAUUAUCUAAAAGUUAUCAGGUCCUUUCGGCCAACUCGUGUAUUGACGGUACUGAUGUAGCCACUGCCAUGGCACACUAGGCCAUCAUCAUAGCAGGGUAUGGAACGUAAGUACAAGAGCAGGGACUCCUGUCACAGACCAGACUCCCUGCUCUUGCACUCUGAGCAGAGAUGCAUACAGUACUGUAUGUGUUGCUACUUACUCAAAAGUCACCCAUGGAAUGUAUACCAACUACCCUUAGAGAGAGAUGAUGCAUACAGUAGAUAACAUAAACUUGCACCCAACCGGGAAAAUGU